CGAUUAUUAAUUACCAAUACACCCUGGCUUUGGGCUUGUAUAAAACUCAUUUGUUCGUCUGCGAAGACUUUAUAACAACAAACCAUAAGCAACACAUAAUAUACCUACUUCCUCUCUCUCGCUCUGUUAUGUUCGAUUUCGAAAGGAUUUCAAGAUCAAAGAUGAUGAGAAAAGGUACCUUUUCGAUAUUUAAGACAAGGAAAGAAAGGACGAGGUUGAAAUUUUUGGGACUUGGAGGGCUAAAGUGGAAGAGACUGAAUCUGAAGAUGUCGUUUUUCGAAACUUUGAGAUACAGAAUCAUGUCUAUCAUUGAAGGAAUGGUUUUGGUUUCUAAGCUUGCUUUCUUCUUUCUCUGUUGCGGUUGCAGAUUUUAACACGUUAUUUUUUUUUUUCGUUUUUUUGAACGUCAACAAUGUCUUUUUUGUAUUCUUUAGUUCAUAUGUAAAAUUCUAAAUUCUUCCAAUACAAUACCCAACAAAUUAUUCGUAUCUGA